UAGUUGAUGUUUGCCAGUUGCUGAAGCAAGUCGCCCCCUCUCCUUCACUUCAUAUCACAAUGAAACUUCAGAUCACUGUGCUGCUAGUGAGCAUGGCUGGCCUAGCUUUCGCUGCGCCGUCAGGAGCAGCGACGGGCGCCUUCAGUUUUCCCUCCUCAGCUACUGAGAUAGACAAUGACGCGCUGAGAAAACUCACGGUAGUCAUUGAACAAUUCCUGCCACCGCUCAUCAAAGCCAUCAGUGAUAACAAUGGUGAUAUCGUGACUCGCAUCAACAAGGUCGUGGAUUCCUCUCUGGCGCUGGGACGCGAGACGGUGUUGGUGCAGAACCCAGACCCUAAUCAAGAGAUCCUGAAGGAGAUCGACGCUGCUAGGGAGAGUACGCCGCUCAUCAUGCAGGUGGUGCGCUCCAUGCAAAGGGUCAUACAGAAUGCUGGCAAUAACUUUGAUUCCACUGACUUGACUCCCUUUAACCAAUAAUAAACACAGCCACACGCACAGUUAAACACUCAUUAACACUGUUAGUCAUAAGAAAUGUUAAUUCAUUAUUGAAGUAACGUUAGCCUAUGCUCCUCAGGACUGACUGCUUCUGGUACGUUGUACCUUUUAAACAAUAGCGACCUACACAAUGAACUGCAUUCAUCUCAACCUAUAGCUUAAAUCACAUUUUCACGGAAUCAAGCACUUAUAACACUUUUAAGUUACUUAAUUCCGACGUUAAGAACUAAGAACAUGUUUGUAAAAAGUUAUCAAUAAAUUUUGUGAGUCCGAACCACCCUAUCAAA